AUAAAAACACCAACAAGGCGGCGCGCGUGCGUUGGGCAUCUCCAGGACUCCUAAGGACGAGCAAAAUGUCGCUCUUCGAUUAUGAGCUGUUGAAGCCACUGAAGCCGUUGAAGCCAUUCCAAUAUUCCCCCCUCUCUCCAUCAAAGCGAGUAUUUCGCCUAGUUCAGCUCCUCCCUCCAAAACCAGCUAUUAUACCAGGAACCCAAGGGACCAUCCGCAUCAGGCUAGUUGAAGCUGAUAUUGACUCUGGCAUCCAUUAUGAUGCCCUUUCCUACGCAUGGAAUGUGGCAGCAGGCCAGACAAAGCCAAAUCGAAAAAUCAUUGUCGAAACAAAUGAAGACUCUUUCAAACUCUAUGUUUUCCCAGCACUGGAAAACGCGCUGAUUCAUCUCGGCUCCCUCAAUAUUACUGAAUAUCUCUUCAUUGAUCAAAUCAGCAUCAAUCAGGAGGACCGCGACGAGAAGAGUCAUCAAGUGUUGCUUAUGCAAGAUAUAUAUGCAAAAAGCGCAUGCACUCUUGUUUGGCUAGGUCCACCAACUCGAGCAUCAGACAGGUAUUUUGACAUUGUUCAGGAGAUAUCUCAAGAGGGAGUAUUGAGCGGACUGAUGGGGCCACGCCUCGGUCAAUUCAUGCACGUCUUCGACGCCGUAAUGGAUCCCACCUUAUCGGUUAACGAAGAAGUACGUGAAGAUCGAGAUGCUGUUUUAGAUCUGGUCCAUCGAUACGGCGACCGUUUCCCAUUGGAUGGCUUUGCCGAUGUACUUGAUCGAAGCUGGUUCAAUCGUUUGUGGGUUAUUCAAGAAGCCUGUCUUGCGCCCUCUGUCAUUUUUGUGUGCGGCGAUAAAUCACUAUGCUUUGACUGCUUCAGAGGUGGAGCGCUUUUCUACAACAUAUACAACACACUCUGGGUGAACCAAAUAACAGGAACUAUAUCUCAGCACGUACUCCGUGAACGGGAUGCUCUUUUUGGCAAGACAAUUGGACUGAGACGGAUUUUCCAAGAGCGAAAGGCCAUCCAUGAUACGAGAGUGAGACAGGGCCUACACGAUCUUGUGCUCAAAUACAACGUCAAUGACGACUUGAAGAAGAUUGGAGCAACGCUGGAACAGGACCGUAUUUUCGGCCUGCUGGGACUGGCGGCGGAUGAUGAUGAUCUAAGAAACCGAGUUCGGGUGGAUUACGAAGCCAAAGUUACGCAUAUGUAUUCCGAAAUCGCGGAGCUGCUUCUAAAAGAGAGUAUUGAUGUUCUCUUAUUCAACCAGCAACCAAAGAAAACUCCAGGCUUGCCCUCGUGGGUACCAGAUUGGGCUAUGAAUCUUGCUAUACCAGUAGGAUAUAUGGCCUUGAAACAGCCUACUUUUACAGCCGGUGGUGCAAAAGUAGAAGCUCCUGUUCUCGUGAAAAACGAGCACCCGCAGCUUCAUCUUCGUGGAAUUUUAGUUGACGAAGUCCUGGACGUGGGAACUCGAUUGCACAGUGCACAGUCUGAUCCACAGGUGGCAGAGCAGAUUGAUUACCGUUCAGCAAAAUUGUUUUUCGACGAGGUCUCGAAAUUUGCCCAGAUAGGCGCUGCUACAGUUCAAGACAGAAAUCCUUCUGGCUCUGGCGCUGAAGUGGAACUUGGUUUGCAGCUACGGCUGUGUGAUUCUAGCCGAUCUUACAGACAUUUCACACAGACUCUCGGCAUAACCCCUGGCAUCGAGAGACUUGAAGCUUUGCACAGCAGUAUAUAUUCUCUUGGAGAACGACUUAUCAGAUCUGACGAGACGGUUGCUUCCUAUCACAUCACACGCAUCUAUCGAACAAUAGGAAUCGUCCCUUGGUAUUGGGAGCCCAUGUCUGAGAUGGAAAGUCUACGAAUCUGUGCAUUGAAUCCAGUUUUGGCUGGGAAGAUCGCAUGUCAAGCUAUUCGUGAUUUCACAAUAGACAUGGUCGGUCUUGUCGUCGCUUCGUUUAGAGUUUGGUUUGCAUCCAAAGUUAUCAUAUAUCGUCGUCGCUUCGGCAAAAUGAACUUGCGACCUUCCCGUGAGACCGUCGAAAAGAUAGGACUUGACCCUGGUGUUAGUCUUAGCCCUGAUAUGAACAUUUUUACGACCAAUAUGCUCAAGAAUAUGAGGCGAAGAUUGUAUCAGACAACAGCGGGUUAUGUAGGUCUGGGGCCACCGGAUAUGAGGACGGGUGACUUUAUAGUGAUAUUCCAUGGCGGAACUACACCACAUGUACUAAGGAAACUUGAGGGUGAAGCCCAAGGCGACAAGUAUCAGUAUAUGGGCGAGGCUUAUUGCGAUGGACUCAUGGAUGGGGAAAUUUUUGAAGACGAGACUAAAAGUGACGGAGUUUUUGUGUUGGUGUGAAUAAGUGAGCAGAGAAACGAUGGGAGGGUAUCAUCAGUGCACAAUACAUGGAUACUUGCG